AUGUCAGCUGCCUCUCCCUCAUCCGGUGAAAAGCUCCCAAUCCUUGACUAUUCGAAUUGGGUUGACUGGAGCGAAUUCUGGAGAGACCAUCUGAUCCUCUUUGACCUCUGGCAAUACAUCGAUCCAUCCUCUACAGCAACCGUGCCACCUCCUACCUCCAAUGUCAAUCGAGAUAUCGCUAAAACGUUGACUGAGAACCUUGCAAAGCUACGCCAGCAUGUUGCUCCUGAAUGUCGAAAGCUCCUUGUUGGCCAUACAAAUCCUAGAGACCUCUGGUCUUCGCUCAAGGCUGGCUGUGAUCGAGGAACAACUCUACCAUUGCUCGCCCAAUACGAAUCGUUCCAGAGCAUCAAAUGGGAACCAAAAGACACCAUUUCUACCUAUACAAGCCGAUUCCGCAAUGUCUUUCUAUCUCUCGAAAACACCCCCUACAAGAUACAUCGAGAUAUAGCAGUCCAUAUCCUUGUGAAUCGACUUCCCGAUUGCUACAAGACAGAAGGCCAAGCAGCCAAGCAACUGAACCUACCCUUUAUCGAAACUGUUACCUACCUGCUUGCCAAUAUCAAAGACACCUCCUCUGCAGAUCAAGCGCUCAGCAUCUCCGUGACCAAGGCCGCUCAGGAGUAUCAAACCGCCGUGGUCGAUCAAACCGAACCUCUCGAAACAAGCGUAUCAUCUGCAACUGGUGCAAACGAGAAGGCCAUUUUGAACGUGACUGUCGAAUUCGUCAACAACAACUAG